CCCAAGUCAGAAGUUUGAGCUGUUGAAAAAUAUCAACUCGCUUUAACGUUGUUCUGAUAGCUUAACUGCCUUUGUCAACCUCGUUUGGCAAAUAUUUCAACAAUUGUAUUCAAGAAAAACGACUGUUAUCUUUUCUAUACGUCUUGGAAGGAAAAACCUACCUGAAAAAGCUUACAAAUUGGAUUAAGGAAAUCCGACCGUGAUAGUUAGCUAGCUCGUUAGCAUCUUUGAAAGAGUCGCUUUUCUCUCUCUCUCCUCGUUUUGUACCCCGAUAUCAGGUUUUAAAGUAACUUUUCCACCAAUAAUCUCUUUUGUUCAACAAACCGUAUUGCAUGUUUCGCCGUUGUUUUGUUUUGUUUGUAAAGGUCGGGUACAGUAGUGCCAGCGAGUAGCUAAUCUACUGUAGUUGCCAUGGAGAACUGGACUAAUCUUCAGUCCAGUGCACGAGACAAACAGCGAAAGAAGGGAGGACAAGGUGGAUCGUCUGGAGGCGAGGAUGGAGACCGUAAACCAAAGUUUCAUUUACAGGUUAAAAACAUGAAGGAUGAUAUGAUGGACAGGUUCGCUAGUAUCCGUAUCCCGGGCAGUAAGAAGGAGCGUCCUCACCUCCCUCACGUCAAACACUCCUCCUCGUCUGAAUGGUCUUCCUCCGCCGCUGAGUUUGAGGACCUGUCCUCCAAGAUCACCUCAGAACAGGAGAUACUGGGCCUCUUCGAGAAGAUGAUG